AGGAAGUGCAUGCAGUUUGCUGUACGGGACAGGGCUGGGCUGGGCUGGCGCUGGCGUGAGCAGAGCUGUGCGGCGCAUCUGGAGGUCGGGCCAGUGGAAAAGUUAAACGGACGGGAGCGGCGGAGCGAGGGAGCAGAGUGUGGCCCCAGAGAGAGUCUACCGCAGCCAGCAGACCCAGCGCAGCGUAACGUAGCCUAGCGUAGCCUAGCGGAGCGGCACCGGCCGGACCAGCAGGAGGAAAUGGCUCUGAUCCCCCUGCCCUCGCUGUGUCUCUUCUGCGUCCUCGCGAGGCUCUUCUGCCAGACGGCGGCCGCCGGGUCCUGGGGACAGCAGACCGCCGUGCUGAAAGUGUGUGGAAAGGGAUUUUUCCUCAGUGAAUUUAACAAAUGCCUGCCGUGUAACUGCAAAGGUUAUUCCGACACCUGUGAAGAUAUCACUGGGAUUUGUAUAGACUGCCGGGACGGUACUGCAGGGGAUUUCUGCGAGCGUUGCCAGGAUGGGUUCAUCCGUGACACCUCCUACGAGGGACAUCACAUAUGCCGCCGCUGCGCCUGUCCCCUACUGCUACCCUCCAACAACUUCGCCACGCACUGCGACAAGAGGAGCGGGGUCCUGCGGUGCAUGUGCCAGGAGGGCUACGUGGGAAACUACUGUGAGAGGUGUGCUCCCGGUUACUACGGCAACCCCACGAAGAUCGGCGACUUCUGUAAGAAGUGCGACUGCAACGGGAACUCUGACCCGAACCUGAUCUUCAACGAGUGCCACAACGUGACGGGCCGCUGCCAGAACUGCUGGGGCAACACCGCCGGCGCCAACUGCGAGAGGUGCGCCCCCGGUUUCUACGGAGACGCCAUCAGCGCCAAGAACUGCAGAGAGUGCCGGUGUAAUAAGUGCGGGACGGCGUCAUGUGACGACAGGACAGGGGUGUGCCACUGCAAGCCGGGGGUGACCGGCGCUCUGUGUGACCGGUGUGAGGAGGGCUACUCUGGGUUCACAAGCUGUCUGGGCUGCCGGAGGUGCGAGUGUGGUGUGGCUGCACUGCGGCCAACCUGCAACCCCCUCACACAGGGCUGCCAGUGCCACCCGGGGGCGGGAGGCCGGUACUGCGAGCGCUGCCAGCCAGGCUUCUGGAAUUACGGGCCCUCGGGCUGUCAGAGGUGUGACUGUGACGGGGGGGUGUGUGACAUGCUGACCGGGGAGUGCCUGCCCGAGCCGUCCGUCUCCUCUCACACCGUCUGUAACAUCAGCUGUGAUGAGUGCAUAUGGUACCUGAUUGGAGACAUCAGGCUGACCAAUAAGACUCUGGAUGACCUCAAGCUCAGUAUCAUCAACAUCUCCACCGGAGCCGCUGCCAAUGACCGCCUCAAAUACUACAACUACACUGCCCAGCGGCUGCAGGCUCAGUUUGUGGGCUGGAGGAAUAAGUCAGCGCAGAUGAGAGCCCAGACCGGAGAGCUGAAGAAAGGCACCGCGGCUCUGCUCUCUGACAUGUCUCUCCUGGCGAAGAAGGAGGAUAAGGUGAAGGACCUGCGACAGGAGGUGGACGAGGGCACCCUGCACAGCCUCACUUUGGCAGACAGGCUGGCCACAAACCUGACCACCCUCAACGGCGUCAUAGAAGAGAUGAUCAGCGACUGGGAGCAGUACAGCGUGCACCAGGACCUGGACCCGGAGGUGGUGAAGCAGAAGAGCGCUGAUGCAGAGAACAUGGUGCUCAGGAUGAGGAAGCUGGACCUGUCUCCCAAGGAGCCCAUCGCCACCGACGAGUCGGCCGAAGCCCACGAGUCCCUGAGGCAGGUGCGUCAGAUGGAGAAGAAGCUGAUCGGCACCGAGGGACGCCUGGCGCCGGUGCGGGAACUCCUGUCCCGCUUCAGCUCCAAGCUCUCCGACGCCCAGGACCUGCUCCGGCGGGCCACCGACACCGUCCGACAGACCCACGACAGGAACAAAGGCAACCUCGUCAAAUUCCAGAGGAGUGAGGCCAGACGGCAGAGGCUGGAGGAGAGUUUCGGGGCGGUGAACGACACCCUGCGGGUGGCUGGAGACCUGCUCAUCGACACGGAGGACGUGGCCUCUGACCUGGAGACCAUGGUCAAGAAUGUGACCGAGUUCCACGCUGCCGUUGACGGGGCCAGCAAGCUGCUCAAGGAGAAAACGGAGAAUCUGUCGCUGGCGGACAUGGACCUGGUCCAGAGGGCCAACGACCACGCCCAGGAACUGCAAAGACUGGCCAACGAGCUGGAGUAUGAUCUGAAAAACAACGACGCCAAUGGAUUCGUGCAGAAGGCCAUAGAUGCGUCAAACGUGUAUGACAACAUCAUCAAGUACAUUGAAGAGGCCAACAUCACCGGGCUAACAACCCAUAGUUUAGCAGACAGGGCUGAUGAUGCCAUCUCUGGGAUCAACACGCAGCGUGGCUUUCUGAAAACACAGAGCGACCACAUCUUCAAAGCGUCUGUCACCUUACGCUCGGAACAUGCUGACGUGCAGUCUACAGUUCUUGACACCGCUAAAUAUGUGGAAGAGACAAAAGAAACCAUGGAUGAUGUCAAGAAAAGACUGUCAGAUGUGAAGAAUGAUAUUAAUGUAAUUGAGAAAGGCAGAACAACACAGCGUCUACAGUUCGCCAAGGAGGUGGCAGAAAACACUCUGAACCGCUCCAGAGAGGUUCUGCAGGGCAUUAACCCGAUCAGCACCAGGGUGGAGCAGUGGUCCAGAAACAUGAACAACAACGAGUAUUCCGCCGCGGCCUACGACCGGGCUGUCAUCUCAGCGGGGGAAGCAGUGAACAACCUGUCUGAGCUGGUCCCAGAGCUUCUGGACAAACUGCGAGUGGUGGAGGAGAAGAAGCCGGUCAAUAACGUCUCCACCAACAUCAUGCGGAUCAGGGAGCUGAUCGCCCAGGCCAGGAGCGUGGCCAAGAAGGUCCAAGUGUCAAUGAAGUUCAACGGGCAGUCCGCGGUGGAGGUGCAGCCACACUCGAACCUGGAGGAGCUGAAGACGGUCACCUCCAUCAACCUGUUCGUGCGGGUGGACCCCGAGAAGGAGCCCGUGAAGGACCGCUUCAUCCUCUACCUGGGAGACCGAAACGGCAUGAAAGACUACAUGGGCCUGGCCAUUAAGAAUGACAACCUGGUGUACGUCUACAAUCUGGGCGGUGGAGAUGUCGAAAUCUCACUGAGUUCCAAGCCCGUCAGCACAUGGCCCCCCUUCUUCAACCUGGUCAGAGUGGAGAGGCUGGGGAAACAUGGGAAAUUGUUCCUGACCGUGCCCAGCCUGAGCACCACCGCUGAGCAGAAGUUCAUCCAGAAAGGGAUGGCCCCUGGCAUAGACUCCCUGUUCGACCUGGACCCCCAGAACACCGUUUUCUACGUGGGUGGCGUCCCCCUGGACUUCAGGCUGCCCGCUACGCUGAGUCUUCCCCCCUUCGUGGGCUGCAUCGAGAUGGCCUCCAUCAACAAUGAUGUCAUCAGUCUGUACCACUUCAAGCAGACCCACAAAAUGGAUGUCGUCGCUACUCCACCUUGUGCCAGGUACAAACUGGCUUUCUCACAGAGUCGUGUCACCAGCUACCUGUUUGAUGGCACAGGCUACGCCCUUAUCAGCAACAUCGAGAGGAGGGGCAAAUUUGGAAUCGUCACCAGGUUCGACAUCGAAGUGCGAACCGUGGCUAACAAUGGCAUACUCUUCCUAAUGGUCAAUGGGGAUAAUUUCUUUGUGCUGGAAUUGCAUAAUGGGUUCCUACGCCUCAUGUAUGACUUUGGGUUCAGUGGUGGUCCAGUUGUCAUGGAGAGUAACCUACCAAAACUGCAGAUCAAUGAUGCAAGAUACCAUGAGGUGUCUAUAAUUUACCACCAUUCCAAGAAAAUCAUCUUAUUGGUGGACAGAAGUCACGUCAAGUCCAUGGAAAAUGAGAAGAAAACAUUGCCCUUCUCAGACAUCUACAUUGGAGGGGCCCCCUCUCGCCUUUUGCUCUCAAGGCCAGAGCUCUCCUCCCUGGUGGGGCUGAGGGGCUGUGUGAAGGGCUUUCAGUUCCAGAAGAAGGACUUCAACCUGCUGGAAGAGGAGGGAACCAUCGGCAUCAGCAGUGGCUGCCCAGAGGAGUCCUUCAUGUCUCGCAAAGCCUACUUCAUCGGGGACGGCUUCCUGGGGUCCUCAGCGAAGAUAUCCCCCUUCGAGACGUUUGAGGGAGGCCUCAACUUCCGCACGCUGGAACCCAACGGCCUCCUCUUCUACCACAACGAAGGGGCUGAUGAGUUCUCCCUUUCCAUUGAGAAUGGGGCCGUAGUGCUGAACUCCAGGGGGACCAAGGUCAAGUCACACAAGAAGCACUACAAUGACGGACGGACUCAUUUCCUGGUGGCCUCAGUCAGCAAUCAAAAGUAUCAUCUGGUUGUGGACGACAAAGACAAGCAGGAGAAGAGUCGUCCAGCUUCAUCUGCGGCGUCGACCGCUUCUCUCAAGACAUUCUAUUUCGGGGGAUCCCCCAGCAGCAGCAUCCGGAACUUCACCGGCUGUGUCAGUUAUGCCUACAUCAGCAGAGAGGACAGGGACAUAGAGCCAGAAGACUUUCAGAGGUACUCUGAGAAUGUGCAGGCCUCUCUGCAGGACUGCCCCGUGGAGAGACCCCCAGCGGCAUUGCAUCUGAAACAGAGCAGGAACUCGUCCAAAAGCAAGCAGAGCCAGGCCAGGAAGGUGGGCAGAGAUAAGUCCAGCCUCCCGCAAGGCCCGGCGGGCCUGAAGAUUGACCCACUGGAGGCGCCCGAGGUAGAGGCCACACCCUGCUACCUCUCCUCAAAGCCUCGUGCCACAGGCCACGCCUACCACUAUGGAGGCACCGGCAACAGCAGGCAGGAGUAUGUGGAUACCCCAGAAUCCAUCAGUGAGAGGUCCCACUUCAGUCUCUCCCUGAAGACUCACUCCUCCUUCGGCCUCAUCUUCUACGUGUCGGAUGAGACCGAGGACAACUAUAUGGCCCUGUUCCUGGCACAUGGGAAGCUGGUCUACACCUUCAACAUCGGCAGCCACAAAAUCAGGAUCAAGAGCCAGGAGAAAUACAAUGAUGGUGCCUGGCACAAUGUUAUUUUCACCCGCGACGGGAAUGUGGGCCGAUUAAUAAUUGACGGGUUGAAAGUGCUGGAGGAUCGCAGUCCUGGCGGUAACAGCUCCUGGCACGUCAGCAGCCCUCUCUACCUGGGAGGCGUGCCCCCCGGGAGGGCUCAGAGGAACAUCCAGAGGAACUCUGUGUACAGCUUCACCGGCUGCGUGAAGAACGCCCAGCUCAACGGCCAGCGGCUGUCCUCCGUGUCACAGACCUUCGGGGUCACGCCAUGCUUCGAAGGACUCUCCGAGCCCGGGUCCUACUUCUCAGAGGAGGGCGGAUAUGUGGUGUUGGAUGACUCUUUCAACCUGGGGCUGAAGUUUGAGCUGGUGCUGGAGGUCCGGCCUCGUGCAGCAUUCGGAGUGCUACUGCAUGUCUACACCUCUGAAGGGGAGUACCUCAGCGUGUAUAUUCAUCAAGGAGAGGUAGUGGUCCUGGUGAACAACGGAAUCCGGGAAUUCUCCACCAGCGUCUCUCCCCGACAGGGCAUCUGUGACGGCAACUGGCACAGAAUCACACUGAUCCGAGAUGCCAAUGUUGUGCAACUGGAUGUGGAUUCAGAGGUGAACCAUGUUGUGGGUCCACUCAACCCGCAGGCAGUGGACACCAGAACCCCUGUAUUUAUUGGGGGAGCCCCAGUGUCUCUCCUUCCCCCGAGUCUCCCCACCAACAGGCCCUACACGGGCUGCAUGAGGAACAUGGCGGUCAACGACACCCAAGUGAGCUUCAGCAAAGCCGCCCUGGUCAGUGGGGCGGUCAGUGUGGGCUCCUGUCCAGCCGCCUAGCGCUGCCCUCACAGCCACGGCCACACCCACAGCUCCGAGGCCAAUCCAAAGCCUGAAUCAGUCUGUGUCAUACCGUGCUGAACCAAUAAAAAAAAGCAUGAAAUAGCAUUGUCACUGUUUCUUGGUUGUACUGAUGCAUUUGUAAUCUGUUCUCCCUUUCACUGCUCUGAGUCAGAAGUCAUAUCUUGAACUGGCCACCGACAACUGAUACCUUAAAUUGGAAAUUCUUCCUGGGCAAAAAAAAUGUACCAAGUAUCAUUUUUAACCUUGGGGGGUUCUGUGGUAUUCAAUUUGAUUUUAAAACUUGUGCGGUAAAGUUGUACCAAUAAAGCACAAAUGGCAAAUGUAUAAGUGAAAAACGUCUUCACAGAUUUUUUAUAUCAGGUUCUACUUAGUAUUCCUAUAUAAGUAAGCAUUGGUUUGUCUAUUAUCAUUUAUUUUUUUUAAAGAAAUUAUUGUUCCUAACUUGUUUUAGGUAGAAAGAGAUAUGCUCCAUAUCUCCUUGCUAAAAUCACCCUCAGAAAAGACUGUACUCUAAUUAGGAAUGAAGGCAAGGCAAGACAAUGCUCUCAUGCUUAGAUUAUUUCAUCACUAUCCUAUAUAAUCUCACAUCAAUUAUUUUUAUGCAACUAAUGAAAUGUUCUGUUCUGCUUUUAAACUAUAUUG